AUACAAUGAACAGCUAUUGAAAAAUAAAUAAAUGUUGAAUAAAAUUCAAAACUGGCGAAACUAUAUUGAUGGCGGAAGUUCAUGUUAUUGGGCAAAUAUUGAAAGCAGUUGAUUUUCAAGAACCCCAUAUAUUUUGCAAGUGGAGUUUACAAAGUGGUACCUCUUGGCGCAUUAUACAAGGCGAGGCCGUGGGACAAACUUUUGUAGCCACCAACCGUUUAGAAUCUUGUUCGGACUUUUGUCAACCUUUGGAUUUGCACUUGGGCACUGCUUCGGUACAGGGUUGGCCUAAAUUGCAUGUGGAAAUACAUGCGGUAAAUGUAUUAAAUAAAAGUUGGCCUGUCGGUUACGGUUUCGUGCAUAUACCCACCAAACCGGGAUUUCAUCGUUUAGAGGUGUUGUGUUGGAAAAUUGCUCCCCGUUCGUGGUACGACAGUGUAAGAGAGAAAUUUGGAGGUGGAGGCUUGGCAUUGUGUAAAGAGGAUUUAAUUUAUACGGGUUUGGAAAGAUACAAAUUGCAAACUCGUUCUUCGGGCAAGAUUAUAAUUGAUAUAAAUUUGGUAUUUCGUAAUUUUGCAAAAUUUGGCAUAGAAUUCAAGUAA